AGGCCAGGCCCGCUCUGUUGAGAGCUUCUGCUGUGGGCCAGGCUCAGGCGGCCACAGAAAGCCCACAGGACAGCUCCCAGCUGCACUGCAAGCCUCUGUCCCACCGUCCCCAGCUCACAGCAAAGCAGAAACUUGAAGCAGACGGUGCUCCCCAAAGGAAGUGUCCCAAAAGAUGCUGGGGCAGGCGUCAUGGGCAAGGCUGUCUCUUUCUGGCCCUGCCGUCCUGCUGCUGGCACUCUGUGCUGUCUUGACCACCCAGGACAUCUGCAGCUCUCCAGGACUGAAGGAGCAUGGAGGUAACAAGCAGGCUCCAGUCCUGUACCUGAACGCUUCCAGUGCCCAAGAAGGGGAAACAGUUUUGGUUCAAUGUACCAUUGAUGAGCAGUUUCCUGCUACACGUGUGUUUUUCUGCAAGAAUGGGCAGGAGGAGUUCAGCCUGAAAGCCCAGCAUGGGAACAUCAACUACUCUCUGGUCCUGACCAUCACGUCGAGAAGUGCUGGGACAUACACAUGUGGGUAUCAGAAGAAGAACGAGAAAAACUGGGUGAAGAACUCUGCUCUCAGUGCUCCCCGGACCCUUUCUGUGCCAGGUUCAAGUGCUGGUGAGACCACCCAGGACAUCCACAGCUCCCCAGCUCCACAUGCCCAGAUCCCGCACACCCUCCCCAUAGGCAUGGUGCUGGCAGUGGCAGCCGUUGGCCUCGUCCUUCUGGCUGCAGGCAGCUGGUUUGUCAUCAAGAAAGGUGCCUGCAGAGGGAGAUGCCCAAGGCAGCAGCACAUUGACAGCCCACAGAUGGAAGACACCAGCAACGGAGAAGUCCAGUACUCCACCAUCGCCCACGUUCGACGGAACAGGCCUCCUCCCAUGCAGCAGAUGAGCGACACCACAACGUAUGCCACGGUGACCCGCACCCAGACCCGAUAGCGCUGCCACAGGGGAAGGGCACAGGAGCCUUGUCCACAGCUUCCUUUGCUCUCUUGCAGAGGGCUUGUGCAGCCAUAACGUGGGGUUUGGGGCUGCACUUUCGUCUUUUCUUUUUUUUUUUUUUUUUUUUUUUUUUUUUGUCACAGGGAAGGGCUGUGAGUGUCUAGCCAAGAUGAUGUAGGACUCACACCUCCAUCUACAAUACAUUAAUACUUCUAAAAUAUAUGACCUAUACCAAA